AUGAGACAGGAAGAUGAAAAUAACAUGGACAAACCAUUUGGCGGUAAGGUUGUAGUUCUUGGCGGUGACUUCAGACAAAUUCUUCCAGUCAUUCCAAAAGGUGGAAGGCAAGACAUUGUAUUUGCUACAAUAAAUUCUUCUGAUCUUUGGAAACACUGCAAAGUUUUAAAGCUCACUAGAAAUAUGAGAUUAAGCACAGCAGGUUCACCAGAGCUUGCAACAGAAAUAAAAGAAUUUGCUGACUGGAUUCUCAAAAUCGGAGAUGGUGAUUUCGAAUCAAAUAAGCGUGGUGAAUCAGAUAUUGAAAUUCCUGAAGAUCUUUUGAUACAGAAUAGUGAAAAUCCACUUCUUGACCUGGUUGAUUUUGCAUAUCCCAAUUUGGUGCAUAACAUGAAGACUGAAUUUUUUUUGGAGGAACGAUGCAUAUUGUGUCCUACAUUGGAAUGUGUUGAGAAGGUUAAUUAUUUUAUGCUUGAUUUACUACCAGAAAUACCAAAUCACAAAAUAACAUUGAAGGAAGGUGCUCCAAUAAUGCUAUUGAGAAAUAUAGAUCAAGCAGUCGGUUUAUGCAAUGGGACACGGCUAAUAGUGGCUGAUCUUGGAGCAAAUGUUACAAAAGCCAUUGUAGUAACAGGAACCAACAUUGGAGAAGACACUUUCAUUUCAAGAAUGGACAUGGUUCCAUCUGACUCAGGGGAAUAUAAGCUAACUGCUGGGUUAAACUACACUAAAGUAAUGUUCAAUCCUGACAUUCCACAAGCAGUGUCCUAUAGAGGAAGUUCAUACUCAAGUAAUGAACGUUGUGAUUGA